AUGGCCAACGUUAAUCCAAACGAAGCCGUCAGACCGGACUAUGCUCUAGCUGAGUACCAGCAAGAACGUCAACAGCUAAUAAAUGAAGGCCUAUCUGAACAACAAGCCGUUCGGUCCCUUACAGCUUUAUGGAACGUGAACAACAACGCAGAGAAACAGCGUUGGGCAGACAGACAAGAUCGCCUGCGCGAAGCCCGUCAGCAAGCAGAGGAGGAUGAGCUCCAAAGACAACAAGACCGCAGAGACGAGGAAGAAGCGGCACGGCUAGAGGAGAGAAAGAAGAAUAAAAACAAGUACGCACCCAUCAAGCGCGGAAAAGUUCCUUCGGACCCCACUAUCCUUCCAGCGCAGUAUGCGACUCGGAAACUCAAAGCAGGCGACUACUGUGAAUUACAUUAUUUCACUAACAAGGGCUUAGAUGAUGCCAGAGUAUCAACAUCCAUCGCCGAACCAGAAGCGCUGGUAAUGUUACCCGCUGCGGAUGGAAUCCAUUCCUGGGUCCCCGCAGCAGCGGUCAAAGACCCGAAAGCAGCACCUGUAGUCAAAGAUGAGAAUCUUACCUGGGAAGAGUUCAAUGAAGCUGCACCGCGCAUGAUCCUUUCCAUGAAGAUGCACGACUGGCCGGAUGACUGGCGCUACAGUCUCAUCGCUGGCGCCAUACACCCGACCCCCUCAAACAAAGAGCAUUGUUACUAUACCAAUCCCAACAACGCCGCCGCUGGCACCUCACCAUAG